AUGGAGUACAGUCCAGACACUGGGAACUGCUACAUUCCUGGACUCUGGAAUGGAAACCCACCAAUGGCACCAGUCAAUGCAGGUUACAGCGAGGCUGUGUAUGAACUGAAGAAAAACAUUGUCCAACAACUGGGAAGUUGUGACUCAUCUGCUAAUAACAUCUUGGAUUUCAAAGAGUGGCUGAAAAGCCUGUGGAAUGCAGUAAAACACGAGAACUUCAUCUUCAGCUUCAGAAACAGCCUCGUAGCUGACGCAUAUAUGAAGCUCUGCACAGAGUUCAACAAAUGGGAGUGGGAAUUCAGAAAGGACAUGUACACCUGGGUCACAAAUGCAGAAACAAAAAUAUCCAGUUUUGGUACAGUUGCUACCAAAUCUCAGACAUCUGACAUGGACACAUUUCUCACUCAACUGAAAAGUGAAGCAGCCAUGAAGCUGUCUGAAUGGGAGACAAAGCUGCUCAACAAUCUAACACAGUAUUUCAAACAAACAGAGGAGUUUUCAAACAGUGCAAAGAGCCUUCGACGAGAAAUGGAAAGCUCUGUUAUUAAUCAACUCACAGCAGCAGCAGACAGACGGGGAAUGAGAGAACUUGACAAAAUCAAAGAGAACCACACAAAUGAAAUAGAAAAAGCAGUGUGUGGAUUAAUUGAUAAAUGUCGAAAGAGAAAAGUCCAGAUGGGAGAGACAGAACUGGACAAAGAAUUUGAUAAGAUGUGGAAUGAAACACUCAAAAAACUUCCUUUUUCUGAACAACAGACCACAGAUGUCUUCACCAGGUAUCCAUGUUUAAAAAAACAAAAUGGUUGCUACUUGCUUGAAAUAUCACAAAUCUUUAUACCCACAGAGACACAUCUGCAGAGCUUAUUGCAGGAUCUGGGACUGGAGCAGCGCUACAAAGAAAAACUGUCACUCAGCAACAUACUUGAGAUUGAUGAGAAGACCAUUACUGAUGAACCUGCCAAGACUAAAUCAGACCUUCCAUGGUAUUUUCUCAAACAACUUAUGAUGGUUAAUGUGACAGCUAAGAAUGUGAAAUGUACAUCUGUACGUGAAUCAACCUGUGAUGCUGCAUCAGAGAUUAGAGACCUAGAUUUUGAUAAUCUCUUUGACAGCCCAAAUCUAGCUGACAUGGUAAACCCUCUCGACAUAAUCACUGCUCUCUUUCUGUGUUCUGAUGGUUUUGUGCAGCAGGAAAUGGCACUAAAAAUGUCUAUGUGUCAGUUUUCGGUGCCUCUGCUGCUUCCCAACUGUGACACAAAACAGUGCACACUCAUGCUGUGGGCCAUGAGAGACAUCGUUAAAAAGUACAGACCUCAGUCACUUUUAGAAUCUAAGGGCUUCACUGAAGAAAGAAUCGUUCUCUCUGAUAUUCCAAUGAUCUCUUUUGUGAGAAUAGGUGAGUGCUCCUUGUCCAAGUCAGAGAUCCUCAAUAAGUUUCUGAGCAAUUCUCAGCAGUACCACGACACCUUUGUUCACCGCGAUAUGGAGUGUGGUGACAGUCCAAGAAGAAUCUCCAAUGGACUGACUGAAAUUACUUGGUACCUUCCCUGUGGAACCAAAAACUUGGAUGUUUUCAGUCAACCAGUUGCUGUAGCUAACCUUCGCGGUGACAUAGCUUCAUUUGAAACACAAUACUCCUUUUUGUGUCAGACAUCAGCAGCUGUUUUCAUGUUCUUUGACAACUUGGACUCUGAUUGCAGUCUACUUACCAACCAGAACCACAAGGCACAGAUCUUCUUGGUGGGCAACCAUCAGAGUAAGAGCUUCAGUUUAGAUGCUCUAAAAGAAGUAGCAACCAGGUUGUGCUUGACUAAGAACAACAUUAUUUUGAAGACAAUGAACAUGAAUGAUGCAGACUUUGUCAAGAGCUUGAGGAAAUCAGUCACUGAUGUAGUUGAGAACUCGAAGAUGAAGAUGCCAAUAGAGCAAAUGGCUGACAUUGCCCAUGAACUGGGAAUCUUGGUUGAUGAAGACUCUCCAGAGUGCCAGGCUGGAAAACAAAAAGCAGAUGCCAUCACUGCAGAAAUUCAAGACAUCCUUAGAUACAAAGAAGACCAGCUUCCCUUGCAAGGCCAAAUAUGGAAGGAAAUAACAAGCUUAGAGAAGGAAGAAUUCCGGCUUCGGAAAGUUGGGUCUGAAAACAUAGAAAAGUACAAAAGUGAUCUUCAGGUAAAGAGGAAGAACCUGCGACAACAACAGAACUCCUAUGAAAUGUCACCAGCUAUGACAUGCUUCAUCAACGCAAUGUCAAGCCCAGGGAUAGAAAGAUGUUAUUUCCUGAAAUGGGUGAGAAUGAACCUCGAUAACUUGUCUCGUCUGAAACUGUCUGGACUCAGGCAGCAGUAUAAAGAAAAAUGCAAGGAUUCUGAGAACAAAGAGGAGAUCAAAGAAAUUGACAGACAGCUUUCCAACAGCUCACUGGGGACUGAACACUUCUUCCGUGAAAUGGGUCAGAUCUAUGAAGCUUCACUUUCCCUUCCUAAGACAAACCCCAGACGUCAACAACUACAGCACCUGCCCAAACUCUGUGCAGAACUGUUGCUAGAUGGAUUUCCUCUUGAACUUGUGGAUGGAGAUGCAUCCAACAUACCUCUCAGAUGGGUGAGUGACGUUNCAAAAGAUCCUGAGGUUGUUUGUAUGAUCUGA